AUCUUGUUUGAGAAACGCGUUUGGCCACUGUUCAUGCAUUUUACAAGCUGCGGUACAUUGUAAGCCAUUUGAUAUGGAGAAACAACCACAAGAACCUCUUGGCAGAAAAAGAAAACGUGCUGGUACACUUUCAGCUAGACUCCAUCAACAUUUUAUUGAUUAUUUGACAAAAAAUAUCAUACCUUCAAAAGAACAAAUUUUGAAAGCUGGGUUCAGGUUUUGCAAUGAAGCUACUCCAAAUACAGCUUGGGUUCCCAAAUUUAGGGCUUGGGCGAAUAAUCUUGCAUAUGAUGAUGCCAAGCAAAAGCUUAUUUUCAUCAAAACGGGAAAGGAGGUCAUCCCUCGUGAGGAGUUCUACAACGCAGUCAUGACUGCGCACUUUGAAAGAUCAGGGAAACACCACAAUGGACUGCACAAGACAGAUAUUAAGGUUCAAGAAAAAUACACAGUUGGAAGACGUACAUUUGGAAUGGCUAAACAGUUCAUCCGUGAAGUUGUAGAAAACUGUCCAGACCCAUAUUGCCAGAGGAAGAAACUACGAAUGAAAAGGAAUGGUUCAGACAAAGUACCUGUUAAGCAGGAAUCCCAAGAAGAUGACUCUAAUGAUGAUGUGGAUGAUAUCAUUGAUCAUAAUGAAGCAGAGAAUUUAGAGACUCCAAGUCAGAUUCCAUCGUCUCCAUUACCCCCUGUGAAUUACGCUUGUAAACAGGAACAACAAACAGAGUUUAGCCCAGUGCCAAACUUUCCUCCAGAAGACAAAGAUGAAGUCCUGGUCCAAGCUGGUGAUCAAACUCUGGUUAUGAGGACGUCAGCGACUCGUGAAUCAGAUGGUUCCAAAAAGAAACGAAAGAAAAGAAAGAGAAAACAUAAAGAUCAACAAGAUGUUGACCACAAGAAACCAAGAACAACACCAGUCCAGAUGAAGAGUGUGAAAAAUGUUCAUACAUUUGGGGCCAACAGGCAACAUUCUCAAGCUCCAGUGAUGCCUCAAGUACCCUACAUGAGACUUCCAGAUGGUAGCAUGAUGUACAAUAUAGACUUCAAAAGUGCCACUGGAACAUCCAUAAGAUCAAUCAAGAUUCUACCCAAGCCUAGGCUGACCAACAGUGGCCCUGGUUGUAGUAAUCGACCAUCACAGCAAGCCAAAUCUAAAGAUAAACGCUUGGAAUUUUUCAAAUACUUUCAGCUCCAGCCAAAGGAUAAAGAAAAACUUGAAUCAGGCCAGCAUGAACAGUCUGAUAGUGAUAAUGACAAAAAUGAUGCAUGUGAUGAUAAGGUGGAUGAUACCAAUGAGUAUGGUGAAGAUUACAAUCCUGAUGAGAAUAAUAACGUCAUUGUAGAGACCAAAGAACCAGUGCCACCUAAUGGUCCAGAUCAGAAACAUCCUCUUCUAAAAUUGGGUACAACUGACCCAAAUAAUCCUGGCAAGCCAGCAUUCAUAGCUAUUCGAGGAGGUCAUGGUGCAAUCAUCUUGAGGCCUGUAGGACAUCUUGGUCCAGCAGCAUCAAGGAGGUCGAGUUUACCAGCAGAACCAGCUUCUGUUGCACCAGAUUCUCCGGCACUGGGUGACAGAUAUGAGAAGAUUGUGACACUCAUACAAGACAUGAAACGUGACAUCCUACCAGCCUCAGUGGGCAACAGGGGGUCAACAGAACGUCUUAAACGCAAGAUUACACUUGCUGAAGAUCUGAUCAAAAACAAAUUGGGAGAAGCUGGAACUGAUCAUCAUGAAACAUCCAGCAAUAAGAACAACUCUAAUGAUGUUCAACACAAUCCAGCCAUCCUGGAUGUAAAUACAAAUGUUGUUGAUGAGGCACAUGCUUCUGGGCCACCUCUAUUUCAAUCAAAUGAUCUACAAUAUGAGAAUAUCCUGACAAGGUGUUACGAUGAAGCUGAUAAUACUGCUAUCUUUCCUUCAAAUGAUGUCUUGUCUAUUUCAAAGAAUGAGAGCAUGGGAGGGCUCAAUGAGCAAGCUUGUGAAGUUGUUGAGAAGAAUAUGACAUGGAGCCCAAAUGAGGAGGCGAUUGAUCUAAGCAUACGGACUGUGAGGGGCCUGAAUGCAAGAGCUCAUGAAGCUGCAAUAAAUCUAAGUUAUAUUGCUGAAAAAGGGACCAACACUAAACAAGAUACUUGCAGAUCCAAGGCAUUUGUUAGCUCUCCACAUGUGUACACAAAGAAACUAUGUACCAGUACACAAAAUGAUGAAAAGGAACCUAAUGGUGGUGAAUGUGAUGGAGAGAUCAUCAAGGCUGCCCAGAAUGAACUUACAGAUGAUAGCGACAUUCCAACAUCAUUUGAUGAGGUGUCCAGUUCUACAGGAGAUACCCCACUGGUGAAUGAGGCAAGGAAUGCCAAUUUGAUAAGCAAUGCCAUUACCUGUCAUAACGUCUUCAGUGAUGCCAUGAUCCAACUAGAUUGCCAAUCACAAGCCACAGCUCAGGACAGAUACUGUAUUUGUCUUUAA